GCCCAUGGUUACGCAGCUCGACGGCGUCGAGCAAAGCAGAUAAGAUCGCACAGCAUCCAACCGUGAGUGAGAAGAAGAGAUCAAUGGAAUCGGGCGGGAGAGAGUGCGAGAUUGGCCAGUUUAGUCAUUCGAACCGAUGUGAUCGGAUUGGAUCAGGUGUAGCGAGUGUUGCGUGUAUCGCAAAUGCGACGGUAUUUCGCUGACUGGCAAGUAGUUUCGUGAAAUCGCGAUCGCGAUCGUACAUCCGUGGGUGGAUACGGGACCGUGCUGGUACAACCAUACCGACGGGAACUGUGCGGAUUGAAAACGGCACGGUUGUCGUAAGUGAUUUCGCUGGAAUCUUUGUAUGUAAAGUUAGUUUAUGGUUGCUUGAUUGUGUUGAAGUAUUCAACGUUUGAAAAAUAUGUGACGAGAAUGUUACUGUGUGAAUCUACUUAUGGUCUGUGGUCCAUGUGAAGAAGUGAUAACGAAAAUGUUUUUAUAUAACUAGGGUUGAGUGUUAUUCUGAAAGAUUGGUAGAACAUAUCUCACGUGAUAACCGGAAGUUUGAAUCAUGGAUAUCAAAAUAGAAAAAAUGAAGACUGAGCUAAAGACUUGCACGGCUUGCGGUGAACCGAUCGCCGAUAAGUACCUCUUCGACGUUGAUGGAUGCUCGUGGCACGGUUCCUGUCUGCGCUGUUCCGUCUGUCUGACCGUGCUGGAGCGUCAACCGUCGUGCUACUUUCGCGACCGGCAGGUUUACUGUCGGACGGAUUAUGCAAAAACUUUUGGCGCCAAAUGUUCGAAAUGCUGCCGCACGAUUGCACCCUCCGACUGGGUGCGGAAAGCCCGCGAUCUGGUGUUUCAUCUGGCAUGCUUCUCCUGUGACACCUGCGGCCGGCAGUUGUCCACCGGCGAGCAGUUUGCGCUGAUCGAUGAUAAGGUCAUGUGCAAGAUCCACUACAUGGACACCGCGGACGAGGGCUCCAACUCGAGCGAUGAUGGCUGCAGUACCGACGGUUUCAAUAAAAACAAAUCGAAACGGGUGCGGACCACGUUCACCGAAGAGCAACUUCACAUCCUGCAGGCUAACUUCCAAAUCGAUAGCAAUCCGGACGGGCAGGACCUCGAGCGGAUAGCACAGCUGACGGGGCUCAGCAAGAGGGUCACUCAGGUUUGGUUUCAGAACUCCCGAGCUAGGCAGAAAAAGCACACUCACGUUCCUCGGGAUCACAGUGCAGCGAUGUUUAGUGCCCUGAGGCAAGAUCUGAACAACAACAGCAACGCAAGUCUCAGUGAUAACGACAGUGGAAUGGGCAAAUCUCCAUCCAUGUUUAAUUCACACGUAAAUCUCAUCAACUUGAUGGUGUAGCACAUGGGAAUGCAAUCAUUAUUGCACUUGCCAUCCGGAGCAAGCUGUCCAAUGGAUGAUUGCUGAGACGGUUCAGUUGAGCUUAUUGAGUACUACAAAUAAAAUAAAUUUCUUCGGAUGUAUCAUCAGGAGUUUAGGCACCAAAGAUCUCAAAGUACGUUAUUCGUGCAUUUUAGUUAGAUUGUACUAAAACAUCAAUUGUUGUAAGUUUUGUAGUAAAAUAUUCGAAAGAAAUUACUUGCGAUCAAAAAUGUUUGCACGUCAAAUUUAUGUGACCAAUGGUUCGCCGGUUAUGCUUGUAAAUACAUAGAUUUCAAUGAACAUU